CUGAUAGACGGCACUGACUGGCAUCACUGCUGGGCACUGACUGGCGGCACUGACUGGCACAACCCCUGGGCACUGACUGGUGGCAGACUGGCAGCACUGCUGGGCGGCACUGGUGGGUGGCACUGGUGUGUGACACUGCAGAGUGGCACAGGUGGGUGCACUGCUGGGCACAGGUGGGCGGAAAACUUGCGGGUGGCAUUGCUGGGCACCGAUCAUCAGGGCACUGAUCAUCAGUGACCCUGAUGAUCGGUGCCGAUCCCCGCUCUGACAACUGCCGGUUCUCGGCAGUACUUUCCUCACGAUCUGACAGCGUGAGGAAAGUGCAGCCGAGAACUGGCACUUGCAU